AUGGGGAACAAAAACGUCGACCUCCCUUCAGCCGGUGAUGAGCCAACCGAACCCAGUCAGAUCGAAUAUCUGACCUUCCAAGAUGAACUCGAACUGGUGACCUUCUACCUCUCCAAGAUCUCUCAACUCUGUCGGGCUUUGAUCUUCAACUUCUCCGAGACCGUCGAGGCCACCGCGAUGAGCUACUUGAAACACUUCUACCUCAGGAACACCUGCAUGGAUUAUCAUCCCAAAAAUAUCAUGCUUACUUUUCUCUUUUUGGCCACCAAGACUGAGAACACCUUGAUCUCAAUCGACAGCUUUGCCUCCUGGAUCCCAAAGACGACCAACGGGGAUGUCCUGGCGCUCGAGUUCCUGGUCGCCCAGUUGCUCAAGUUCUAG